UAUUAUCUGAGUGAACAUCCGUUUGCUAACUUAACUAGCCUACGUGAAUAUUAGCCUAACACCGACGCUAGCUGGCGUGGCCUUAAAAACAACAAAUAGUUCAUAAAAAGCGUGUGUCAUUUGGCAUUAUUUGUUUGGAUAACGCUGAGGAAUUUACGUGUGUUUUGGUGCGGGGAAAGAAAAUGUCCAGCGGCCGCAGCGGAGACGUCGUGGAGCAGGUGAGCCGGCUGUGGUCCAUGUUGGAUGAUCUGUGCCUGAGUGACCCGGAGGCCUACCGGAGCUUCGUGGAGAAGCAGGUGACGUCAGGACUGGACUACAACACGCCGCCUCGCGUGGAGUCAUGUAUACGCACGGACGUGGUGGAACCAAGAGGCCUGCUGUACAUCAACAUAUGCAGCUGGAAGCGUGUGCCGGCACCCCAGGAUCCUAGCACGCCAUUACCCGUGUAUGCUGGAAGCCUGGAAGAGGACACAAAUAUAGGCGGUCCCACGGUGCUGGAUAUAGCAUUCAACACCGAAGUGCUGCAGAAAUGCAAGAAAGACAAGGAGGAGAUGGACCAGGUGUACCUGCUGGCUCUGAGAUUUGUCCAGAAGCAGCAUGGGCUCAAACUAUCACAGCGGUACAUCAUAGUUAGCUUUUCCCCCAGAAAUGGCCCGGAGGACUUGCACCGACGCCUCGGCUUCCAGCAGCAGCGGGUGAACACGGACAAACAGCCAGACACGGCGACUCAGAGCCCAGAGUCUUUGUUGCAGCAGAUCUCUUCUCUGCGCGCGCACAAAGAAGACACGGAGCUUCCGGCCGAUGUCGUCCGUGGGCCGGCGGUGCGCAAAAAGGGUCUGAUCGAGGUAAUCUCCUCCACCACGUUCCAGCGGCCCGAGAAGCCGGAGUGCCGACUGGAGGUGAAGGCGGACACGGAGGGAUUUCCCUGCAAGCUGGAGCUGACGGUGGAGCUGCCCAAGAUUAACUCCAUGUCAGAGUGGCAGCUGAAGAUGUCCAAGGACGACGUCUUGUUGGAGGUGGAGGAUGUCUACUAUUUGCUUCUGGACUUUCCAAAAGCCGUCAAUGAAAACAGUGCGGUGGCCAUCUUCAACAAGAAGAGUCGAAGGCUGACUGUGACGGCGGAUAUUCUGUGACGCGUCUCGUUUGCUGCCAACUAUUCUACUCCUCAGUAAGGAAAGUAGCUUUUGGGUGUCCUAAAAGGUUGCUGGAAGUAGCUAAAUAACGUCAUGGCUUUAUUUAAUUCAUUCUCUGACUAUAAGGCGCACUUAGAAUCCUUUCAUUUUUUCAAAACUCAACAGUGCGCCUUAUAACCCCGUGCGGAAUAUUUUUGGUUGUGCUGACCGACCUCGAAGCUAUUUUAUUUGGUACAUGGUGGAAUGAUAAGUGUGACCAGUAGAUGGCAGUCACACAUAAGAGAUAAGUGUAGACUGCAAAUAUGACUCAAGUAAACACCAACAUUUUAUAUGUUCCAUUGAAAAUAUAGAACAUUACACACGGCGCUCAAAAAUCUAUCAAAAUGUUUUAGUACGACUUUGGUGAGCUAUGAAGCUACAUGGAUUGCACUGUGCUUCAACAUAGGAGUAUUAUUAUGGUGUUAUGGUUUAACAGGGGAAGGUGACGGCAACUGACACCAGAGGGCGGGAAUGUUCAAUGAUUUAUUAUAUAUAUUAACCAUAUAUAUAUAAUAAUCAAACAAUACAAAUAAACUAUAGAAUGGUUGUCAUGUCUGUGUGAUCAUGUUUUGUUUGAGUCAUGUUCGGUUUUGUUUUUGGACUCUUUGUGCACUUUUGUUUGUUUUGUCACCAUAGCAACCUGUCAUGUCACGCAAUUGUUUCACGUUUUGAGUCACGCACCUGUUUUCACUGAUCAUGUCACUGCUAUUUAAGCCGGUCUGUUUCUGUUGUUCGUCAUGGUGACAUUAUCCAUCUACUGCUACCCAUGAUAUUCCUGUUUACCAUAGUUCAUGCUUCAUGCCAUGCCACAGUAAGUGUUUUUGUUUCGUGUUCAUAGUUAAUUGCCUUUGUGCUAGUCUUUUGUUUUCAUUAGUCAAGUUUGUUCUCCGCCUUUUGUUUGCUUCCUUUUUUGUAGUUUGUUAGUGUUAUAAAUAAAUCAUGUACUUACAUUCACGCCAUGCCCGCGCCAACUUUCCUUUGCAUUCCGGGAAAACAAAACAACCCAUAGUCCACGUAUUGACAAUGGUGUGUGUCAAAAAU